AUGGAUUUUGAAAAACUCAUACAAGAAAAAAAUGUUUUGAAUUUUUUUAUAUUAAUUUUGUGUCUUUUUCUUCCAGCUUAUUUUGUUUUUUAUUCUUAUUUUCAUUAUAAAUCAAAAAAUAAAGAUGAAUUAUCAUCAUCGGGUGGAUUUAUUCCUUAUCUACGUAAAUUACAUUCAACUCAAGGUCAUGUAGUAAAGCCUGAAGGACCACUUUUUGAGAAUACUAUUUCUGUGACAGAUCCUCGGAUUAUAAAAUCAACAUUAUCAAUAGGUGAUAGGCCUAAUUUUUUGUUCAAAUUUUUGGAACCAAUGUUUGGGCAAGAUAAUUUUCAAAUAUUUGAAGCUGAUAGAGCCGCCAAAUUUCGUGAAUUGAUUGGGCCAGCUUUAGGACAUGAAG